AUGUCUAGAGUACUGGUUAUCGGUGCAGGCGGUGUGGGGGUUAUCACUGCGCUCUCGUUGUGGUUUAAGCGGGAGAGUGACGUUUCCUUGGUAGUCAGAUCUGACUAUGAUAAGGUAUCGAAGCAUGGUUACACAAUCGAAUCGUGUGACUACGGCAAAUUAGAAGGUUGGAGGCCCGACCACAUUUACAGCAGCGUUGAGGACGCUGCCGCCGCCGCAAACAACAAAGGAUACAACUAUGUUGUUGUAACUACUAAGAAUAUCAUAGACGGGCCUGCUAAUUCUAGAGUCUCCAAUAUCAUCAGUCCCGUGCUUGAGAAGAACAAGAAGCUACAUGGGUCAAAAUUGACCACGCACAUUUUACUGGUACAGAACGGUAUCGAUAUUGAGAAUGAGAUAUGGGCGGAAUUUCCCACAGAGGAUUAUCAGUACACGGUGCUUUCUGGCAUCCAGUUAAUUGGGUCCACCAAGGUUGGGACUGGCCAUAUCAGUCAAAUCGGCCAUGACCACUUAUCGUGUGGGGCCUUUGAUUCACAGGACGUUACUGCCAUCCAGGCUGCCAACGAAUUCGUCAGGAUGUACAGCAACGAGGGGCAUAAUUUUGUCGAAUUUGACCCUAGGGUUCGUUACUCUCGGUGGAAAAAGCUGCUCUACAAUGCUGCCAUCAACACAUCCACGGCACUUGUAGGGUUAGACGUUCCGCGUUGCCUAGAGUUUGGAGUCAACAAGAAGAGCACGGAAAUUGAAGUGUUCCACCCUGCCAUGAGGGAGAUCAUUGCCAUUGCAGCAAGCGAGGGCAUCAUCAUCGAAGAGGAGUUUAUAACAAUGUUUACAGAGAUUACCAGGAAAAAGGUGUUCAAGCCAUCCAUGUGCGUUGACCGUGAAAAGGGCCAGCUGAUGGAGCUGGAGGUCAUCCUAGGCAACCCCAUAAGAAUCGCGAAAAGAAAUGGCGUCGCCACGCCCACUCUUUCUAUUCUAUACAACCUGCUCGUGUUAGUGCAGGCCAAACUAAAGGAGCGGAAAGGCCUAUUGAAGUUUGAUGAAAAAACAGCCAGUCUUGUGGACGAGUAG